GCCUGCAAGCGCAGCACGAGAGAGUUUGCCGGAAAACGCCGUUCCCUCUUGGUAGCUUUAGUUAGCACAUGUUCAUAUCGAUGCCAAGAACUUCGGCCGUGCGACUUGUGGCUCUGCUUAUCGUCGACGGCGCUGUGUACUAAAUGCGCAAGAUGAGCAUCGACGAGCAUUCCUUACAAGCGCUGUCCUGGAGGAAGCUCUACCUGAGCCGGGCCAAACUCAAAGCUUCCAGCCGCACCUCGGCUCUGCUGUCCGGAUUCGCCAUGGUGGCCAUGGUGGAAGUGCAGCUGGACAACAGCUACCCGUACCCCCCCGCCCUGCUGAUCGCCUUCAGCGCCUGCACCACCGUCCUGGUGGCCGUGCACCUCUUCGCCCUGAUGGUCAGCACGUGCAUCCUGCCCAACAUCGAGGCGGUCAGCAACGUGCACAACAUUAACUCGGUCAGCGAGUCGCCGCACGAGCGUAUGCACCGCCACAUCGAGCUGGCCUGGGGCUUCUCCACCGUCCUCGGGACGCUGCUCUUCCUGGCCGAGGUGGUGCUCCUCUGCUGGGUCAAGUUCUUGCCCAUCAAGCCCGGCAAGGCCGGCAACGGUACGGUGUCGGCGGGGGUGGCCGCCGCCAUCACCUCCACGUCCAUCGUGGUCCCGUUCGGGCUGGUGUUCAUCGUGUUCGCCGUGCACUUCUACCGCUCGCUGGUCAGCCACAAGACAGACCGGCAGUUCCAGGAGCUGGAGGAGCUCUCCAACCUCACCAGGCUACAGAACCAGCUGGACAAUAGAGGAGAGUCCGUUUUGCAUUCGCCGAGUUCACGUUUCCCAUAAGGCCCGACCGUUUCCGACAUCUUCUCAGAAUCCCGCAUCACGAGAUAAUCGCUGAGGAUCAUCAUUAUGAGAUCAGGAUUAUCCUGCGGUGCGGGGUGUGUUCCACACCACGAGAUACUCGCUCAGGAUCAUUCUUUAGAGACGUCUGAUUAUCGGGACUCGGCGGACGUUGAUCGAAAGAGGGGAAAAUGCUCAACUUUGUCCUGAUUAUCGCGAUGUGUGUCGGCUUUGUAUUUGCGAUUCUCGAGCCCCGAACGUUCGCCCGGCAGUUGGACUCUUAACUCUCUUAACGCAGCCCGUACCACAGAGGGUAAUCCUUUAGCGAAGUCCAAUAAUCGGGACUUUGCUGAUGUUGAUUGCAAGGGAGAGGAAAUGCUUCAAUUUGGCCCGAUUGUCGGCAUGGAUGUACCCCUCCUAAAUCUUGUCCCCUAAACUGUGUGUUGACCACGCGCAUAAGGAUUGGCAAUCGUAAAUAUUGAGCGGGUUUAACAGGCCCUGACUGUUAUUCAUUAUCAGUAUUGCCGGUUAUCGGUAUGUGUGUACCCCACUGGGACAAAUCCAUUCCUCACCAACAAACAACUUAUUUUCCUCCCCUUUGUUUGGUGAUGUUUCUUUUGUCAAGUUGGCAUAAAGCAUGAAACUUGAAGUCACAGUCCAAAUGGUGAGUUUUUUUUCUUAAUUUAUUUUUGAAUCACUUGAACACUCUCGUCUUGCCUGCUGUUUAUCGAUGAUCAUUCGUAGUAAUUCUUUGUCUUUUAUUUAUGCUGUACUGUCUGUUUUCUUUGUCGAGAUUGAAGAAUUCAUUCAUGUUUUUGCUUCUUUGACAUGUUUCCAGAACAUGAAUGGGGGAUUUUGCGCAUUCACUUUACAGACUGUAAUGGGUUUUAGUUGUACAUCUGGCUUGGCUAGAUGAGCCCCCCCCCCCAAAAGAAAGUACCGGUACCUUAACCACUUGGGGCUGAGCCCCACUUUGUGCACUGGAUUCCUGCAUGCAGUGGGAUUUUUUGAAAUGUUUUUAUUUGCAAGCUGAAAAAAAGUAGUGUGGAUCUUCAUUGUGUAACGGUGUGUGUGUGUAUAUAUAUAUAUACAGAUAUACACUGUUAGUGUGACUAAUGUACUGUCCAUGUCUUCAAGCUGAUUUUGAGCACCAGGAAAAAUAAAGCACUUGUGGUCCAGUCCAGUCCUGUUGGCUUCUGUGCCUUUUAUAGUCCGCAAUAUAUGAAAGGCCAUACAAAGGAGUUGUUAGUUGUUGUUGUUGUUGUUGUUUUGCGUGGUAAAAUUUGCUUCAGCCGUCAACAA